GAGAUUUCGAUCUGUAUUAUUGCAUGCUUUUCGCGCUAUUUUGGCAAUUUUGCUGUGAAAGUAACCAUUAACCAUUAUGGAUAAAGAAAAUGAAUACCUUUGGUAUUGCCCCACGUAAGUCAAGUCCUCAAUUCUAUCUGAGUUUUUUAAAUGUAUCAUUCUUUAUCUUCUAGGUGCCAGGCCUUUAAUAAACCCUCUACGUUUAUUUGCAUAAUUUGUUCAAGCCACCGUAAUAUAAAUAUUUUUCAUGUUAUCCGCCAAGAUUAACUUUAAUCAUUUGAAUAGGAGUUGAUCCACCCCCCUCAAGCUCAUCCUCUGAGGAAUUUGAGUACAAUAUUGAACCUUAUGUUUCAGAUUACAUCAGCAGUCCCGAUGAAGCAGAUAAUGAAAUGCUGUGUGGGUAUAGAAGCUGAAGUCGCAGAAGUUAUUGAAGAGGAAAGUCCAGAAAAGGGUGAUGAGGGUGAGGACAACGAAGGCGUCCAAGACAAAGGGGAAACAGACAAAAUGGGCACAGAGGACAAGGGAGCUGAAGGGAAGAAUGAGGAUGAAGGGGUGCAAUUUGAACCAGACACAGAGGCCGAAGAGGAGAGUAGCGAGACUACAGAUGAUCAGGCGAGAUCCACACCCAGGUCAGGGCAAACCAAGAAGAAUAUGAAAAAGAAGGCCACCAAGAAGCUAAAGCGGGGUACUAAGAAGCAAAAGCUCGAGUCCGACAUUGAAAAUCUGUCUAAAGAAUUUGAGGAUCACUGCCAGAGUUCAGAUUCCGAUGACGGUCAAGCCGAAGAGGAGAGUAGCGAGACUACAGAUGAUCAGGCGAGAUGCGCACCCAGGUCAAGGCAAACCAAGAGGAAUAUGAAAAAGAAAGCCACUAAGAGGCUAAAGCGGGGUACUAAGAGGCUAAAGCGGGGUACUAAGAAGCAAAAGCUCGAGUCCGACAUUGGAAAUCUGCCUUAA